UCUUUUCAGGCAGAAACCGGUGAAUCGGUGAAAGCGGCCAAGCCCUCCCUGCAUCUCAUUACUGCUUUAAGCUUCUUCUAUUUUUCUUUAAACUUGAAGGAAUUGACGGCAGAGACGCGGACGGAAGGCGCAUGCAGAGUGGCCAUGCUGAGAGAGCAGCCGCCGUGGGGUUAGGAUGUCUGACGAUGAAGAAGAACAGCUGAACCAGAGGAAGAGUGAAAGAGAGAUCUGCUUCAUCAGUGAUGACAGUAGAGAUUAUGGAAGUGGUGAAGAAUGGUUUCAUGACCAGUCCCACAGCGCCCCCUUCAGGUCGGAGAAUGAGGCUCAGGGUGGCGAUCCGGCUGUGUGGCAGUGCACCCCUCCCCCAUCUACCUCGCCUUCGGCGGAGACGCCGCACCACCCACCCACCUCGCAGUCCUUGUCCAGACCCCACUCUAGGCCGGCAAGCCAAAGCCACGCCCCUCCGUCCGCCCUGACGGGAACCAAGAAGAGGAGCUCCAAGCCGGCCCACAUGAGACGAAACAUCAGGAAAUUGUUGAGGGAACAUCAGUUAGAUGCAGUGACCAAAGUCGCCCAGCAGGAGGAGCUAGAGCGAAGGCAACGUCUGGAAGAUCAAAGGAAGCAGGAUUUUCCCGUACCGCUACUGCCUGAAUACACAACCGUUUCUGACUUACAUGUUGCAUUCUUCAUGUCCCCGUCCUCAGGCGAUGUUACUCAGCAUGUGACCUCAUCGUCUGCAUCAGUGUCAUUCCAGCAAAAAGUAAAGUCCACCAGACAGGAUGGGAUGUGCCUGGACUCCAGCAGCACCAGUAUCAGCGCAGAUAAAUGCAAGACUGACACACUCACCUCUGCAGCAACAGCGCAAACACAAAAAACAGAAAUAAUAGAUUUGAGGACAGAUGACCAUGACACUGUUGCUCAAGUCUCCAAAGAGGAAGAGGAGAGUGAGCCUAGUGGUGCACAUGCCAACGAUACCCAGAACCAACCAGACGCCCAAGGCAGGGUGCUCGUCAACCUCAACCAUCCAGAGGCAGAUGAGGACAUUUUCCUGUCACCACAGCUGGCGCGAGCAGUCAAACCUCACCAGGUAUCAGGAUUCCGUUUCCUGUACGACAACUUGGUGGAGUCCCUGGAGCUCUUCAGCAAUAGCAGCGGCUUCGGCUGCAUCCUGGCUCACAGCAUGGGCUUAGGCAAAACGCUUCAGGUCAUCUCCUUCAUCGACGUCUUGUUCAGGCACACUCAAACUCACACUGUGCUCGCCAUCGUACCGGUGAAUACACUGCAGAACUGGCUGUCAGAGUUCAACACAUGGGUCCCUCCUCCUGAAGCAUUACCUCCAGACACUGAUCCUGCAUUGGUUGCACCGCGUGCAUUUAAAGUUCACAUCCUCAACGAUGAACACAAAAACACAGCGUCUAGGGCCAAGGUGGUGGAGGACUGGUCUCGGGAUGGUGGUGUCCUGCUGAUGGGUUACGAAAUGUACCGUCUCCUGUCUUUGAAGAAGAGCUUUGUGGCUGGGCGGAAGAAGAGGAGCAAAAAGACUGGAGCACCUGAUAUCAUAAACCUGGAUGAAGAAGACAGACAGCAGCAACUUCUAAAAGGUGUUGAGAAAGCUCUUUCCCGACCCGGUCCAGAUGUGGUGAUCUGUGAUGAAGGACAUCGCAUUAAGAACUGCCACGCCAGCACGUCUCAGGCCCUAAAGAACAUACGAACCCGGCGGCGUGUAGUAUUGACCGGCUACCCGCUCCAGAACAAUCUCAUCGAGUACUGGUGCAUGGUCGACUUUGUCCGUCCCGACUUUCUAGGAACAAGGCAGGAGUUCAGUAACAUGUUUGAGCGACCCAUCCUUAAUGGACAGUGUGUGGACAGCACUCCCCAGGACGUCCAGCUGAUGAGGUACAGGAGCCACGUCCUCCACAGCCUGCUGGAAGGCUUUGUGCAGAGACGAGGCCAUGAUGUCUUGAGGGACCAACUUCCCUCUAAGGACGAGCAUGUGAUCCUGGUGCGUCUGUCUCCCCUGCAGAGGGCACUCUAUACUGAGUUCAUGAACCGCUUCAGAGAGGCAGGGAACACCGGCUGGCUCAGCCUCAACCCCCUGAAAGCCUUUUGUGUCUGCUGCAAGAUUUGGAAUCAUCCAGACGUGCUAUACGAAGCUUUGCAGAAAGAAAACCUGGCAAGUGAGCAGGAUUUGGACCUUGACGACAUCACAUCCACUUCACAGGGCAGAUGUCCGACGGCAGCACCGGCUCCAAAGUCAAAGAGUUUGGACAACCCAGAUCCAAUCUGUGGACUGAGUCUGAACCAGCUGCAGGAAAAAGCCAAUCAGGUCAUCACAUAUGAGUGGGCGAAAGAACUGAUGUGUGACUACAAGCCUGGCAUCCUGGAGAACUCGGCAAAGAUGGUGCUUCUGUUCCACCUGAUAGAGGAAAGUGUCAGGAAGGGAGACAAAAUCCUUGUGUUCAGUCAAAGUUUGUCCACACUUACUGUGAUCGAGGAUUUCUUGGCCAAGAGACCAGUGCCUCCUUCACCAUAUCCAACCGACAAAGACCGACCCAACCAGAACUGGGUCCGCAAUCUCAACUACUACAGACUGGAUGGAAGCACAACAGCUUCAGAGAGAGAAAGGCUGAUAAAUCAGUUCAAUGAUCCGACCAAUACCUCAGCCUGGGUUUUCCUACUUUCAACCAGGGCUGGUUGUCUGGGUGUGAACCUGAUUGGAGCGAACCGAGUGGUAGUGUUUGACGCCUCCUGGAACCCUUGCCAUGACGCCCAGGCUGUGUGUCGCGUGUACCGCUACGGACAGAGAAAACCGUGUAACAUCUACCGCCUGGUGUGCGACUUCACUCUGGAGAAAAAGAUUUAUGAUCGUCAAAUCUCCAAGCAGGGAAUGUCUGACCGUGUUGUGGACGACCUGAACCCUGUGCUGAAUUUCACCAGGAGGGAAGUCGAGUCCCUUCUUCACUUUGUGGAGGAGGAACCGGAUCCAUUCCAGGUCCGGCUGCUGCCUGGAGAAAUCAGGGAGAGCGUUCUGCAGAGAGCUUUGCAUCUCUACUCCCACCUAAUCACCAAGCAACCCUUCCCCCAUGAGUCCCUCCUGAUAGACCGCAGGGAGCUAAAACUGAGCAGCGCUGAGAAAAAAGCCGCCAAGAAGGGCUAUGAGGAGGAGAAGAGGGCGUCUGUGCCGUACACACGCCCGUCCUACGCUCACUAUUACCCUGCCAGUGAUCAGAGCCUCACCAACAUCCCUGCUUUCAGCCAGAGGAACUGGCGCCCUCCCACUCGCACAGAGGAGAAACCAGUGGCAAGCGUCCGGCCAGUUCAGUCUGCAUCAGCUCCCAUGAUGCCCCGCCAUGUGGCUGCGGGUUCAGCCCCAGACCGCGGCUCCUCUUCAUCCAGCCUUGGAGGCUUCCCUGUCAACUGCCUGCAAAAAGCUGGGGUGUUUGUGCAAAAGAUCGUCACCACUACUGACAUAGUGAUUCCAGGUACCAACAACUCAACAGACGUUCAGGCGAGGAUCAACUCCGGAGAAAGCAUUCAUGUUAUCAGGGGCACAAAAGGGACAUAUAUCAGGACAUCUGAUGGCCGAAUCUUUGCCAUUAGAGCAGCUAACAAGGCUAAGACUGUGGAUGAGAGUGUCGCAGCUCCUCCCAAAGACUUGAAGGCUCCAACUCAGGAAGUUUCCUCCGGUGGCAGUAAUGGUUGCAUAUCCCCUGACAGGAAACCGAAGGUACCCUCCAAAGCUGUGCCCCGCCCUCUUUCCCCCGACAGCCCAGAGAUCAUCAGCGAGCUGCAGCGCUACGCGCCCUGCUCGGGGUCUGACGCCACAGACGGAGAAGCUGAGAGCGGCACGAACGCCCCGCCUUCUAACAAGCUGCUGCAGAAAAAUUGUGGCAGCACUUACUCUGGGGAAGCCUCGAGCCACCAUGAUGCCUCAGCUACUAAUGUAACCCAGCCGAACAAGGACACCUGCAUUCCCCAGGAUUUGAGAAUAGGCAGCAAGCGUAAAGCCCCCAGCCCAUCGAUAGAGGAGCGAGCCGGCAAGAUGCCGUACGCAGGAAAACACUCCUCAUCUUCGCCAGGGUUCCCAUUCUCUGGGGGCUACGGCCUUCCCCCGAUGGGUCUCAACUCGGCCAUGUUGGGCGGUUCAGUGGGGCAUCCCCUCUUCAUGGGGUCGAGCUCACACUACUUCCAGCCACCCAACAGCCAGCUGGGCGACCCCACUUACAUGUACCGAGACAUGUUUGGCUUGAGCGGAGUCAGCGCCGCCCCUUCUUCCUCAUCUCAGUCUUCGUCGACCACAGUCACGACUUCUGCCUCGUCAUGUCCCUCUACAUCAGUCAGCGCCGCCGGUUCUCUGCAGGGAGCCCUCCCGCCGUACAUGUUGGGCCCCAGCUUGGCUGGGAUGCUCCCGCCAGGCUUCCCUCUGUCAUACAGUCCGUCUCUAGCCGGCCUGUACUCUGGGUCGAUGCUGCCAGGUCCAGCUGCCACCCCAGGUCCAGCCGGAGCCAGUUUCCUGUCUCAGUACCCCCAAACUGCAGCCUCUGGCUCCUCCUCCUCCUCCCCUUCCUCGUUUUCCCCUUCAGCGCGCUCAGAAAGCCACCGCGUCCCGGUUCUGGUGAACGGCGGGGAGGUCAGUGGCGGCAGCAGCUCUGAUGAUGAUGAUGAUGACGUCAUCGAGACUGAUGGGACAGUAAGACAACUUUCAGUUUCGACGUGUUAGUCAGACUGCAGUGUCCUCUGAGGGAGGAUGGACAAAGAAUUAAGGAAAGUUAAGGUCUAAGAUCUUCAUUUUGGUCACCUGUAUUGCCUUGGAGGAACAACCUGAAGGGUGACUGAAUAGACUGGACACUGAGUGACAAAUGUUGAUGCUGAAUAUCAAAAUGUGAAGCAUUUAAAAAUAUUCAGAGGGGAUGAAAGGGGAGGGUUUUAAAUUCUAUGGACUUUGAGCUUCCAGAUUUGUUUGUCCAAUCCUGGUAUUAAAAAGCUCAUCACUGGACUGAGAACUGCUGAGUGUGAGCCUGUAGUGACUACAAACGGCCAUUAGUUGAACUGUCAACGUUAGAGAUUCUGCAGUAGUUCUGCAGCUUUGCAAAACGUGAAGACUCUUUGCUCACAGCUAAUCAAAAUGGCAGCCAGAAGCUGGAGUUUCUCUUUAUGUGAUGGUUGAGGUUUUCUUUAAGUGAGGUUUUGUUAAAUAGUUCUAACUUUUUUUGGUAUAUUUAAAAUAAAUGCAGAUCAAUCGAACCCAAAGCCCGACGCUAACAGCCAGUCUGUUAAGAGCCUUGGAACAACUCUGCUCUAUCACAGCAGUCCAUGUGAAGGCUCUUUGAUGAGUGUAAACCAUCAAUGCGUUUGCUUUUGGCUGGAAUUUACACAGACGCUAAUGAUUACAUAAACAGGAAAUUGAGGUUGGAGGCUGUGCGCCACCAGUGAUCUUCCCAUGUGAAACGCACACUGAGAAUGGAACAUGCAAAGUGUCUGCAGUUAGUCAUAUUUUGAUAUUAAAAUUAAGAUUUUUAAGAAGAAAAAAAUUUAAUUGGAGUUUAAGUGGACAUUAUUUUAUACAUUUUUGCACUGCCUUACCAUGCUUAUUAGGCAGUUGCUCUAUCCAGAAACAUGUGCUUUUUCCUCUGUUGCAACUCUGCCUCCUGUGCCCACUCCCUGUGUAAAUAAUUAGCGCCUUCUUUCUCAACAUCAUCACCAAGUUUACUUCCUAGAGUAUGAAGCUUUGGCAAUUGGAGUUUUCUUAAGAUGGUGGAAGCCUGCUUUGGUCUGAGCUUCUUUCGGACUAGACAUUAGCUUUAGCCUUUAGCCCAAGCUAAUCAGGAUUUUGACUGAAUGAAGACACCAGAGUUAGCCAAGGCAGUAGGAGUCUAACUGCUUAAAACAUCAUAUCAGAGCCUCACUUUGAAAAUCCUGACCUAUCCCAUUAAAGAAAAAGGUCCUUCCAGCUGAGGUAGCUUGUAGUAAACGUGUUCAGUAACUGAAAGUUUUGUCAUUUGUUGAAUACUGCUACUGAAUAUUUCCGUGGACAUCUAAAGAAAAUAGCUAAAAAUAUCAAACCAAACUCAGAAAAAAAAGGAUUGUUGCGCUUAAUACUUCACUGCCAGGACAGGAUGUCUUGUAUUUUUUUCUCUUUGAAGGGUGAAAUGAUGUGACAUCUUAAGGCUUGAUGAAGGUUUGAAAACAUUUUACUGAAACUUAAAAACUCCAGUGAAAUAAGAAUGUACGAAUAAUCAAAUGCCUUCAUAUCGGGCCUUUUUCUGUCUGAAAAGAUUCCUUCUAUUUAGGCGUGGGGUGUGGGAUGGUUUUCUUUUUUAAUUUUUUUUAAUGUCUACUGUUUUUUUAUGUAAUCUACUUUUACAAAAAAAACAACAAACAAACAGGUGAUCGCCUAAAAACAGGCAGGUGGAAAAGAAAAAAAAAAGCUAAUGAGGUGUCAUCCUUGUAGCGGAGAAACAACCAACAGAAGAUGCCUUUAUUUGCCUCCCAUCUUUCUGAAUGUUAGCUGUGAGAAAGAAGAGGUAAAGGGAGACUGAAUCUCACCCACAGUCUUACUGUAGCCUAGUUGAAAACGAUGCAAAACACUCACUAAAGCCUAUAUAUACUGAUACGACCCUAGGGGGCGCUGAGCUUCACAGCCCCCUGCCCCGCGGACCCCUCAAAGCUUUGGUUACUCUCGUGUCGUUACUGUGUUUGUGUCGGCGCCUUGUCUUUCUAAAGGUUACAAAAGGAAUUAUUUUCAAGAAGUGAAAAAUGAAAACGUCCGACGUCGAUUCAUGCUUUCACUCUGCUGCUUUGUUUUGUUUUUUCUCACUCAUUGUCUCUCUGUCUCGUGCUGUGAGCAGAGUUGAAACGUAAAACCAAACUUGAUUUUGGAGAUAUCGUGUGGCUUUUCCAAAAAACAAAACAAAACAAAACAAAAAAAUAACACAGCACAAACUCACUAGAAACCUCAAAAACAAAGAGGAUCACAUUUUAGAGCAGGUAUUGAUUGCAGAGCAGAAGUUCACAAACGGCAUGGGCCGGUUAUUGGUAAUGAGGUGAUUCAAGAUAUUUAUAAACUUAGGGUUUCCAAACUGUAAAAAAACAAUUAAUUAAUCAUCUUACAAUGUGAAGCAGAAACAUUCUAAAUGCAUUCCACAGGCCAUUAAUAACCACUGAAAUGAUUUUAUUUAUUUAACUUUUUUUUCUGUUUGUUUUACAAUUCACAAAUGGUACAAAUUUGACCUGUUGGACAGGCGGUCAAAGCGAAUGGAGAUUUUCAUUGACAAUUUAAAACUUCAUGAAACAAGAUGUUGGGUACAGCAAAAACUUUUAGUAAUCACAUAUUAUUUGUUUCAUCUUAAUUUUAUUGCAAGUAAGACCACAAACACAUGGUGACUUUUACUCCGAGGCAGACUGGGAUGUGCUCUUUCACUUGAUGUUGUGUUUUUCAAAGAAGGAGCGAUCCACAUCAUGUUAAAGAAAAAUUCUGAACCACAGUUAGAAAAGGAUUUACCCAAAACUUUUUAGGAGACUCUCUGCCUUUCGUAUAAUAAGGCAAACAUGCGAGACCCUUUUUAUGUUUCCUGUCUAUGAUUUCUACAAAAAUCUGACUAACAUGGUCGUUUUGAUGCAAUGUACCUUGUUUUCUUUUACCUGAAGGUAAACAUGGAGAAAUAUCAUUAAGAUAACUUUGGCAUUUUUAAUUUUAAAAUUAAAUAUUUUUGUGGCCCGCGAGUACUUUCAUCUUGAUGUCUGGAAAUUUUUCCAGUCGAGAAAAACACGGAAACAAAUGGCACCAUCACUCUUGUGAUAAUAUCACUGCUUUAACAUUGUGAGCUGGUUGGCAAGCUGUUUUAACUAGAAGCUAUUGAAUUUUUCUUUUUUCAUCUUAGUUUUGAAUAUCUGUAAUAAUACCAUGACACCUUAAAACUGUAGUAUUCUUACUCACGGUUAUGCAACCAUGAAUCUCCUACCAGCCCAUGCCUAGUCUAUAGCAGCUAUGGUUGAGAAAUACAUAUCCGCAGCAUACACUGUGCUCCACUGUAAAACAGACAUUAAUCUGUGCACGUAGGUUAAAACAAACCAGUUUCUUUUCCCAUAACUCAACGUCAGCUUCAAAACCUAUCCGCUUUAACAAACUGUCUUUGUGUGUUUCCCAGUACAGCACACACACUCCUCACAGGAGACAUGUGAGGAGUUUUGUCUCCUCGCAUGAACACAAAACUCCAAACAUCAUCAAAGCAAGACUCGAGCAUUUCUUGUUAAUUAGUUUUUUAUUCUUUAAUGGAUCUGUUCUUUAUUCUGAAAUGUUUACUCAUGCUUGUUUGUUUUGUUGUUGUUGUUUUUUCUGGGCUCUUCUCAUUCGACACGUUCUGAAAUAUUACCAAAUUUAAUUUAUUUAUGACUUUGCAUAUUUAUUCGUUUGUAUUUUUAUUUUUGUACAGUGUUUUCUCUUUUUUUUUUUUUUGGUUUCCAUUUUCUUUUCUUGAGAAUAUUUGUAAGAUUUUUAGGGUCCUUGUAAUGUUUUUCCAACAGAUGCCUCAGACUUGUUAGAGGUUUUUGUUCGCUUAUGACGAACCGAAAAAUGACCCAACAAAACAAUUACUGGACCAACUGAUUACUGUGUUUGCUGAGCAAGAUCCAGGAUCUGAGAACAAACUGGCUAUAUUUGAAAUACUGUGUGGAAUAAAUGUGGAGAAAAAGACCAAAAUAAAAUUGGCUACGUAUAAGACAAAACUCUAAACACUACAUUUAGUAUUUGGACACAUGGACACGUAAGCAUUCACAUGGGUUUUGAGAGACAUUUGUCUGAAUUUAAACUUAUGUAUCUAAAAACAACUGAAUCUGGAUUUUAAAACCCCCCCCCCAAAAAACCUGGAUCUAAAAAAAUGUUUUAAAAAAUCAGCAGGGGAAAGAAAGCAACUUCAUCAGAUGCUUUUCAUUCCAUAUUUCACCACAUCUUAAGUUGUUUUGUCCUCCCGUGAUGCCAACGAGUUUCCUCUGUGAUGAACUUUCCGGCUCGGCUUUUGCUGUGAAGACUGACCUGCUUACUAGUUUUACAGCUUUUUACUUGAAUUUACAUAUUUAUUAAUACGAAGCGGUUUGAGUGAGCAAGCUGAGCCGACUGUCUGAAUUCCAGUUUAGCCGAGGAGAAGGUGUAUUAAAAAACAAUGAAAAAUUGUCUCCUGACUUUGAGGAUGUUCUCUGUUCCAAGCCUGUUGAGCAGAUGAUCAGUGCUUCAUGAGAAUGGUUCGCCGUUUUACAUGUUUUUGUUUGUUUCAUUUGACUUUGUAAAUAAAAGAAACAUGCUCUAAA